AUGAAUAAAACUCACUCUGAAGAAUAUAUUAAUAAUAAUCAAAACCAGCUUGAUUUUACAUUCUAAAAUCUUAAGUAUUCUAUAAAAACCAGGGAAGGAACAAAAGAGAUUAUUAAGGGUAUUGAUGGCAUCUUUCCAAACUCAUAAGUUACAGCUAUUUUAGGUUCUUCAGGAGCUGGUAAGACAACUCUUUUAAACAUUAUAACUAAGAGGAUAACUAAAUUAAGUAGUAAUGAGCUAGAGGGUUAAGUAUUGGUAAAUGGAUAACCUUACACAAGUGAAUCCUUCUCUUCAUUUGCUAACUAUGUUAUGCAAGAUGAUAUACUAACUGAAACCAUGACUGUAAGAGAAUGUAUUACUUUUGCUGCAAAUAUGAAAGUUAGAGGGGGUUAAAAGAAAAGAAAUGAUUUAGUGAAUGACAUGAUUAAAUAAUUAAAACUAGAAAAAUGCUAAAACACUUAGAUAGGUGGAUAGUUUGUUAAGGGUAUUUCAGGCGGAGAAAGAAAAAGGACAUCUAUAGGUUUCGAGCUUGUCUGUGAUCCAUAAUCCAUAUUUUUAGAUGAACCAACUUCAGGUUUAGAUAGUUUCAAUGCAUACAUUUUGAUAGACAUGUUAAGAAAAUUUGCUCAUGAAAAAAAGAGAACAGUUGUCUUUACUAUACAUUAGCCGUCUUCUGAAAUAUGGAAUAUGUUUGACAGAAUUAUGCUAUUGGUUAAUGGGAAAUUUAUUUAUUAAGGGUCUGGUGGAAACUAAAUUUAGAAAUAUUUCUCAGGAUAAGGUUUUGAGUGCCCAAUUUUUUCAAAUCCAGCUGACUAUUAUAUGUCACUAAUGAGUCAAGAUAAACAGAUAAAUGUCAUAAACACUCCAUUAUAUUUCAAGAACUAUGAUGAAAUAAUUAAAGACAGUGUUCAAUAUCAAAUUAACUUUUCAAAUAAAUAAGAAAUUAUCCCAAAUUAAAAAUUUAUACCUAUCUAUAUGUAGUUUUAUUACAUAGUUGUGAGAACUAUUCAAAUAUAAAUAAGAAGUCCUAUCCUUUUUAAGGCUAAAUUAGGAUAAGUUACAAUCUUGGCUGUUUUUCUAGGAUUGAUUUACUAUUAAUUACCAAAUGGUGAGAAUGACCCUUACAAUAUAGUAGAUGCAAGGAAUAAAAAUGGAUUUUUAUUCUUUCUUGCCACAGGAGCAUUUAUGGAAUCUAUGAAUGCAGCUACUUUAUCUUUUCCUACAGAAAGAUAGGUUUUUUUAAGAGAAGAAAAUUCAAAAUUAUAUAAAAUAUUCCCUUACUUUUUUGGUAAGCUUUUGGUUGAUCUUGUAUCAGAUUUUAUAAUACCAAUUAUAUUCUGCUGUAUAGUUUAUUGGAUGGUUGGCUUGAGGAACAAUCUUGAAGCUUUCUUAUUCUUCAACUUAAUUAUGAUAAUAUUAUAAUUUACUGGCAUUGCUGCUGGAUAUUUUGAAGGUUGUUUAUUUAAAGAUCCAAAUUUAGCAUAUGGUGUAGCUUAAUUGAUAACUUUACCAUUGUUCCCUUUCUCAGGAUUUUAUAAGAAUAGUGGAGAUUUGGCAAGCUGGAUUUCAUGGGUAUAGUAUAUUUCCCCUUUUAAUUACGCAUAUCAAGCAUUUGUUAGAAAUGAAUAUGAGCAAACUUAUUUUAUACCUAAUCCUAUUGAAGCAGAAAAUAUUUAAUUUACAAAAUGGGAAGCAGUUGGUUAUUUAUGCCUAAUGUUUUUGGGUUAUCUUAUUCUAGCUUUUUUCUUUUUAAAAAGGUCAUUAAAGACACUGCAAUGA